CCAGAACCUCUGCAGACCCCGGAUGUGGCCUCUGAUAAGCGGGAACCACCAGGAGGUCAGUUCACCUCUGACGGUCAGGAAACAGCACAGAAGGAGUGGCCUCGCUGGCAGACAGAGGGGGGACGGGGGGCGCAAUGGCUCCUCCUGGGUGCCCAGCGGUUGCACCCGUGGGCAAGUGGAAGGUCAUCGGGCACCUGCAGCUGCUUUGCCUCUUGGCCCUGGCACAGCCGGGGGGCCCUGCCUGGCCCUGCCCAGCCCUGUGCCAGUGCUUUGGGAACAUGACUGUCUUCUGCUCCGAAGAGGGUCUCAGGAACAUUCCUGAAGAGAUCCCCCCCAGCACCACUCAGCUGUUCUUUGUGGAAACAGCACUGGCCUCUGUUCCGAGCAGGGCCUUCACCAACAUCGCCGGCAGCAGCCACCUCACCACACUUGCCUUCCUUGGCAGCUCCCUCGAGGCUUUGGGAGAGGCAGCGUUUGCAGGGCUGCCAGCGCUCAGAGUGCUGGAAAUCUCCACCAGUCAGUUGACGGCUCUGCCCGGGGAGGCCCUUCACGGCUUGACCAAUCUCAGCACACUCUCAGUCAAGUUCAGCCCCAUUGAAACCCUGGAGACGGGGCUCUUCAACAGCACCCCACGCCUAGAAACCCUUCACCUCCAAGGGAAUGAGAUGGAAUCGCUGCCCUCUGACAUCUUCCACCCACUGAGGUCUUUGAAGACGCUCACGUUGUCUCAAAACCACCUCGCUGAGCUGCCGGGAGAGGUAUUGGCACCCCUGGGAAGCCUGCAGGUCUUGAAACUGAGUGACAACAACCUGACUUGCCUCCCUCCCGGCUUCUUCCUCCCCCUGGUGCAGCUUCAGGAGCUCUUCCUGGACGGGAAUGCCCUGAUGGAGCUGCCCCCGGGAGCCUUCUCUCGGCUCACCUCCUUGAAAGGGCUCCACCUGCAGCACAAUGCCCUCAGGGGCCUGCUGCCCUCGGUCUUCGCUGCACAGACCAACCUGACCUCCUUGUACCUGGACAACAACCGAUUAACUGAGCUGCCAGAGAGGCUCUUCCACGGCACCCCAAGCCUCUCUGUGCUCUCCGUGGCCAACAACCAGCUCCAGGCCCUCCCCGCGAGGCUCUUCCGCAAAUCUCCCUGCCUCACCCUCAUCGUGCUGUCCCACAACCGCCUCAGCCGCCUGCCUGCCGGGGUCUUCCAAGGCCUGCCUGCCCUCACCAAGCUGCUGUUGAGCCACAACAACCUCACUGCGCUGCCAAGGGAUGCCUUUGCCAACCUCACCAGCUUGGAGGUCUUGGACCUGGCCCACAACCAGCUGGCGACCCUGCCGGAGGGGAUCUUUGACUCCAACAUAAUCCUCUUCAACGUGGCUCUGAAAAGCAACCCCUGGGCCUGUGACUGUCACCUGGCCCACAUGGCGGACUGGCUCCAGCACACUGAUGCCUUGCUCAACUUGCAAACCUUAUGCAGGAGCCCGGCUUACUUGAAGGGACUGAGCCUCCCCACGGUCAAGAAAGAGCAGCUGGUCUGCCUGCCUGGCCCCGGAUCUUCCCGGUGCCGAGCCGAGGGUCUCGAGCCCUCUGGGGAGCCUGGCACUCUCCCUCAAUGCACUUACCAGGAUCCGGUGGGGGCCAUCCACCUGGCUUGUGACCCAGACGCUUGCCAGCAGCUCAGCCUGCACCUUCCAGGGCAGCAUUUCAGUGAGAACUGGACCCUGGGCUCGGGCUGUGGCACCGUGAGAGUCCACAUCACGGUUCACAUUGAGCAAGACAAGGCCCAGCCAGGAGGGGAGGCUGUUCUUCCGUGAAAGAGGCCCCAUCGCACAAGGAAGCCCCCUAAGUAGGACAUCCCUGGCCUGGCCACACCCAGCUGGUGUGGGAUGGAAAGCAGGAGGUGCCUUCAGGGGAGCCAUGCCUGAUCCUCAUCAGAAUGAUGGAGCCCUACAUCUCAGGGCUGUCGUCAGAACAAACAUACGCAGGAUAAUCAUGGACACUUAGGGAAACAGAAAUAUAAGCCUCUGGGCCCUGCCUGUGUUAAUUCCUCUGGGGAUUGUCAAGGGCACUAAAUCGGGAAUACUGAAAACGGGUCCGCUGUUUCCCAAUAAAAAUUUUUCAGGCA